AUGAAUAAACUAAGUCCUAAAGAGAAGCGAUCAAUAAAAACCAUAUAUAGUCUGGCAUUCAAAUUUGUGGGAUAUUUAUUAAUAGGCUUCUUUAUGGCUUUGUACAUUGGAAUCAUUUACUCAUUCAUUUAUGACACAAUGCUAUUAUAUUAUUUAGUUUACAAUAAUAAACUGCUAGUAGUUGUAUUGAUGCUGGUUGGAUUGAUCGAGGGAUUUAAUGUGAUUUUCAAUUAUGGGUUGGUGUUAAUAGUGUCUCCAGGAUUGACAUCGGAAAUAUUUACGAAAAGAGAUGACAAAGAGGAGGGUCCAUUCAUCUAUGAUCCAAUAAGAUGCUAAUUCAAUAAAUCAUAGUGGGCGAUUAAACUGGACCAAAGCACCUUGAAAUAUUGCGAUAAAUGUUGUUUGCCAAAACCUUAGAGGGCGCAUCAUUGCAGUAUAUGCAACAAAUGUGUAUUGAAGAUGGACCAUCAUUGUCCUUGGGUUGGGUAGUGUGUCGGACACUAGAACCAUCGAUACUUUAUUUUAUUCUUAACUCAUAUUGCAAUAGGGACAUUCUACAUUUCAAUUCUGAACCUGAAUUUAGUGAUGAGCAAUAAAUUUGAGGAGUACAGAGUUCAUCAAACAAAAGAAUUUUCAAUAAUAUGGCCCUUAAACAUUUCAUUGUUUUUCAUGUUGUCAGCCUUUGCAGGUUGGAACUGGUUUUUGGCAAUGAGAGGAGUCACCACUUUAGAAUUUUGGGAUAAGAAUAAUGAUUUCAGAAAGAGUAAGAGAAUAUAAAAUUUAUAAUAAAUCUUUGGACAGGUGAAAAAUUGGAUCUAGAUCUUGUCACCGAGUGUUAGGGAUCUACCAUCGAAUGGAGUAAUUUGGUAUGAAACUUAAGUAGAACACUCAAAAAUACUAAAGGAAUUAUAGGAGGAGGACGAAGAAGAAAUAAUUGGUUGA